AUGCUCGACAAGCACGGCUACCGGCAGGUCAAGCAGAUCGGGGAGGGCUCCUUCGGCAAGGCCCUGCUGGUCGAGGACGCCGAGCAGCACAAGCUCGUCGUGAAGAUGGUGGACGUGAGCAAGGCCUCGAGGAAGGAGAUGGACGACGCCGUCAAGGAGGGCCGAGUGCUUGCUGCGCUCCAACAUCCGUACGUGGUGCGCUACCGCGAGAGCUUUCAGGACAGGGGCUGGCUGUGCAUCAUCAUGGACUACUGCGAAGGCGGCGACCUCACGAAGCACAUCUCCGAGGCCAGGAAGAAGCGCCAGAGCAUCCCCGAGGAGCAGGUCCUGAAGUGGUUCACCCAGGCCAUCCUUGCGCUCAAGUACGUCCACGACAAGCACAUCCUGCAUCGAGACCUCAAGCCGGCCAACUUCUUCCUGUCCAAAAAUGGGAGCAUGAAGAUGGGCGACUUCGGGAUCGCGAAGGUUCUCGCUUGCACCAUCGCGGUGGCCAAGACCCAAAUAGGGACGCCCUACUACCUGAGCCCGGAGCUCUGCCAGGAGAAACCGUACGCGUGGCCGUCGGACAUUUGGGCGAUGGGCUGCAUCCUGUACGAGCUCUGCGCGCUGAAGGUGCCCUUCGACGCGCCAAACAUACCGGGCCUGGUGCAGAAGAUCGUCCGAGGCCCGACGCCGUCGGUACCCGCGGCCUACUCCGAGUUCGUGCGGACCCUGUGCAGCCAGAUGCUGAGCAGGAGGGGCGCGCGCGGUGCCAAGGGGCGGCAGAGGAGGACGCAG